CCAAUAAAUAUUCAUUCUAUUACCACUAAACCUUGCAAAGAACAUACGAUAAUUCUUGUCAAACAAAAACAAUACGAAAUUAAAAUCCAAAACCAAAACCAAAACCAAAACCAAAACCAAAACCAAAACCAAAACCUAAUAUAGGAAGGAUAUACGGAGUAUUGAACUUCUUCUACCUUAUAAAUAUUCAGUCUUCCCUAUGUCAAAAAAAAAGUAAAAAUAAAUAUUCAGUCUAUUACAACUAACCUUGCAAAGAACGUAAUUCAUACGAUAAUUUUUGUCAAACAAAAUCAAUACAAAGAUCAAUAUGAGUUUGGCUUCAAGGACUCAAAGUUCUUCGAGUAUCAUGGAGAAAGCUAUGAAUGAAGAUUCUGUACCACAGUGUCUCAUCGAAUUUGAAAAGUACUUGGAUCAAUUACAAAUGAUGAAAAAAAAGAAAUCUCCGAGGGAAAUUUUAGCAAAUAUCAGACGCAAUGUGAUCGAGAAAAAGGAAAAAGCGCAAAAAUUCUUAAUCAACAAAUUAGAAGAAAAUUUAGUGGAAAAGAUACGAAUGGUUGCCGUUAACAGAAAGGCGGCGGAGGAAGCUGGACGUCUAAAAAUGUCGUUUUGGAGAGAAAUAAAUAAACGAGGAGGUACAAAUGUGAAAUUGGUCAUGAAGAAAGUAAUUACUGCAAGUGACGUAAACAAUAAACAAGAAAGGCUAUUAUUGCCAUUCGGAAAAUUACAAAUCGAGUCACGUGAUUUCCUACGUGCAGAUGAGGAGAAGAUGUUGGAAGAGAAAGGAGGGAGUAUUAAGGUGAUGUUGAUUCAGCCAAAAUUUGUUGAAGAAAUUGGGCAUGUUGUUAAUGAUAUUGAUUUGAGGAAGUGGAAAGGGGGUUAUGUUCUUACAACCAAACAGUGGAAUCUUGUCGUGGAAAGGAAUGAGAUUAAGGAACAUCAAGUAUUCCAUGUUUGGUCUUUUAGGGUUGGUGAAGGUCAAACAAAACUUGGGUUUGCUCUAGUUAGGAUUUGAUCAAUAGUUUUGCCUUGCCACCCGGCACCCAAUUACAAUAGACGGGAGAUAGUGAAGAGGUCUUAGUCUAGUGGUUAAGAUUGAGGGUCUGUGUACGGUAAGUUUUAGUUUUGAACCCCUCGCAUAGUUUGUAAUUUAUACGAAGUAUUGCCUUAUUUAAUUUGUAAGUGCGAAAAAUGAAACGUAUCUAUAGAGAAUUUAUUGUUUUAUUUUUUUAUUGGUGGGUUAGAUUUUUUUUUU